GGGUGGAGGCGAAGCUUUCCCGUCUUGUUUUCUCGUUUUUCUGGUCUGGCAAGUGUGAGCUCGUCUCCCGUUCGGCCGUGGUUCAAUCUCCCCUUUUUGGUGGUUUUUCUGUGGUUAAUAUUCAGUCCAAGGUGAGGGCCCUCCUUGGUCAAUGGGUGAGGAGAUUCGUCUCCUCCCCAUCCAGUUGGGUCGCUCUCAUGUCCUUUUGGUUUAACUCUUUGUUUGGUGUCUCUCCUCUUGUUGUGUUUUCUCGUCCUCUUAGUUUCGACCUCAGGGUCUUGCCGCCCUUCGAUCAAGCUCUGGUUUUGGCCUGGCGUAAGCUCGACGGGGCUUUCGCCACGUCAAAAAACUCUUUAGUCUACGGCUCUUCAUGCCCUCUUGUUUGUUCUCCCGUUCUUACUAUGUCUACCAAGUCUUGCUACCUAUAUCUUCUCUCUGAGAACAUGGUCCAGCCUUAUUGUGUCCUUAAGUUUCUAUUCAUCUAUCCCAACCUUGACUGGCCUGCCACGUGGCGUGCCCUAUCCUUCUUUUAUCUUGACCGUCGUGUCAUCGACCUAAAUUGGAAGAUUGCGCACGGCGUCCUGUACACCGCCCGGCGUCUCUCCUCUUUUGGUUUAUCUGUUCCUCUCUCGUGUUUUUGUGGACCCACGGUCGAGUCACUCAAGCAUUUGUUCUUCUACUGUCCACUUGCUCAGAGUGUUCUCGCCUGGGUCCAGUCCUUGCUGUUUUCCUUCUCUCCUAUGUGUCCUGCCAUCUCUUUACGUCAUGUCCUCUUUGGUUUCAACUCUAGUGAACUGGUUUCUGUCCCGCGUGUCUUUGUCUAUCUGCUCAAUGUUUCUAAGUUUUGUAUUUGGCGGAGUAGGAACGAUUUCCGUUUCCGUAACGUUCGUCCUGGCGCUGUGGCGGUGAUUGCUUCUAUCAAGGCCCGCCUGAAGUUUUAUUUACCAAUUUCCUUCAGGCGGUGCAAGUCUGACAGGCGUCGUCGCGUCUUCCAUCGUCAGUGGGGCGCCCGUGGCAUCAUAGCUUCAGUGGUAAACGACUCCCUUGUCUUUUCCAUUUAGUCCUGCUCCCCGUAGUUAUUUAGUUUCCUUUUUUGCUCGAAUGAGUGUGUCUCGGUUAGGCUCGUGCUGGGUCUCCUUUAUUGGUGUACUGCACAGUAGCCUCGUUCUUCUUUUGCUUGAGUGACGUGUGAUCUUUUGCUUGAGUGAGCGUGUCUUUGUGCUGCUUGUGCUGGGUCUCCUUCAUUGGUGUACUGCACAGUAGCCUAAUUGUUAGUAUCUGUUUCGUAACCCAUGGUGGGGUUCGAUUCCCCAGCGAGUUUGGUGUCUGGUGACCCUCGUUUCUGGUGGACCCCAACCCUAAGGCAUUGCACGCAAGCCAUGGGUGGGAUUAGUCCUGUUGGUCGGCGGGCAUUGCACACGCCCUUCAUCGGGGGCCCGGCCGUCCACCUUAAACAUAA